AUGAGCAAAACACCUUCUAUAAUAUCAGGCAAAUCACAACCAAUAAAAAAGAUAAGUAUUGAUGGUGAUGUAUUUGAUGGCAUUUGCGCAACUUGUUUCAAAGUUUUCUUCGAAAAUAAAAGGGAUGAUCCAAUUGAAAUCAGUUUCUCAUCCCCACUCCCCAUUGGUGUAGCCGCUACACAUUUUGAUAUCGAAUACGCCGGAAAGAAAGUCACAUCUAGGAUUUCUGACAAAGAAGAUGCAAAAUUAGAGUAUGAUGACGCUAUUGCAAGUUCAGAAUUUGCAGCAAUUGUUCAAUCUACAUCCACUAAUGAGCUUAGAAUCGAUAUCGGACCUCUUGGACCAACAGAGAAUUGUAUUCUCUCUUUAUACUACGAUAUUGGAAUGACAGCACUUUCAGACGGUUUCUUACUUAUUUUACCAACAGCAAUUUCUGACAGCAAGGAUAUAUUAUGCCUUGGUUUGAAUCCUCCUCCAAUUGAAUUAAAUCUUCAUAUCAAAGAUUCACAGAAGAUUGAGCAGAUUACAACACCUUUCACAGAAACUAAGAUCGAUUUACCAAAUGGAUUGGUAACAUCCAGUGAUUUAAAGCUUUUCCAUCCUUUCCACGUUGUUAUCAAGUAUCAAGAACCAUUAGUCGCCAGAUGUCUUGUUUCAACAAUUAAUAACAACUCUUAUAUACGCUUUAGUGCUACUUCUCCUAACGGAAUUCGUCAGCACAGCUCAGUUUUCAGUUUAUUGGUCGAACACUCAGCAAAUGUAACUCCAAACGAAUUUUCCAUAUUACUUAGGGCUUUAGAGUUCUUUAUGAUCUCAUUACCAACAGAUUGCCCUGUAAAUGUUUACAAUUACGGAAAAUAUAAUAAUUCAAUGUUCGAAACUCCAGCAGUUUUAGAUACCAAUGAGAUGAGAACAAAGGCACUUAACUUCUCAAGGAAUCCGAUUCCUAAAGAAGAAGCUCAUACCACUUUACAAGAAAUUAUCAACAAAUCUACCGAAAAAGUUAAAGAUUUACAACAAGAAAAGGUUCUUAUAAUAAUAGGUGCUCCAUGCGAAGAACAACUAACCCUUCCAGAGGACUCCAUUGUUAUUAUGGUCGAUCCUUUCUCUCAAGGCAACAUUGAAGAGAUCUCCAAGCGUAAUAAUGCGAUUUAUCUUCCUGUUCCCGACGAGCAAUCGCUUGUUGGAGCCUUGUUAUCAGUAAUUAAUAUAACUGGAUGCGGAUUAAUCGGUGAUUGCAAGUUAGUUGUCGAUGGAAACGAGAUCCCAAUAUCUCCUUUGAUUCCUGGCAUGGCGUUUUCGCUUUCACAUAAAGUUCAAUCCCCGAAAAUCGAAAAAGUUGAAUUUUAUUAUGGAAACGAAAUCUUCGUAAACGCUGUUAUCUCUCACACUGAUAAUCCUGCUGUGAGAACAAUCUGGGCUCUGCAGGAAUAUAUCGGAAAUAGCGAAGAUGAAGAUGUCAUAAACGCAAUUAUGACUCCUGACAGGCCAUGCGUUGCAGUUAUCGAAAGAGAUGAAGAAAUGGAAGGCGAUAUCACCCUUGUUCAAACUAAAAUGUCAAGUGUUGGUUUACAAUGGGAAGAAAAAACUCUGAAAAAGGGAGAACCACAACCAAACCCAGUUCCACUUCCUCGUCCAAUGCCAUAUCCUCCCUUUCACACAAUGCCAUAUGUUUAUCCAGUAAAUGGUCGGACUAUUAAUCAAAGGAAUCUUGAUCCAAGUGCAAUUAUUCAGUUAGAUCAUUUUGAUGAACAUCCUGAACUACCAAGCGAUCGCGUUAUUAUACAUCCACCGCCUCCACCUAAAAAAGAUGAAGAGAAACCUCAAGAAAAAUACGAAAUUAAGAAGAUUGACUACCAGAAAAUGCUUAACGAGGAGAAUAAAAGAAGGAAAGAGGCAUUGGAAAGAACUAUUUCAUCAAAGAAACCUUUCUUCCUCUUGAAACUUCUUCAGAUUCAAAAUGCAGACGGAAGUUGGAGUGAUAAGAACAAACUUAAGAUUUGUUGUGGAUUUGAUAUCCCUGAAACACCAACAAUUGAUGUUCCAAAUGAAGUUUUCUUGACAAUUUUCGUAAUUUGCUGCCUUCAUUUAAGAGGAAUGAAGGAUGUUCAGUUAUGGGAACUUGCUGUUAAGAAAUCUUUCUUGUUCUUGCAGAAGUUUGAUGCUAACAGAAACUGGGAAGAAGAUAUUGAAAAAUUAAUGAACAAUAUGAAGUAA